AUGAGCCUGAGUCAGUCAAAACCCGAGCCGGUGCCUGAGACUGAACCUGAGCCUGCACCUCAAACUGGGGAUGACUUCAACCUAACCCUAAGUCUAUGCAUAAGCCUAAGCCAAAGCCCAAAUCUAAACCUAAGCCCAAAGCUGCACCUAAGCCUAAGCCUGAGCCUAAGCCUAAGCCUAAGCCUAAGCCUAUGCCUGAGCCUCAGCCUCAGCCAAGGCCUAAGCCUAAGCCUAAGCCUAAGCCUAAGCCUAAGCCUAAACCUAAGCCUAAGGUUUAGCCUACGCUUAAUCCUAAGCCUAAGCCUAAUUCCAAGCCUAAGCCUGAAGUUAAGUCUGAACCUGAGACGUAGCCUUAACCCAAACCUAAGCCGGCCAAAAAUCGGCUGA